UGCCUUGUAACCACCAUAGAAACACGCAGACCCGCCGGUGAUUACAUCAUGCCGGAGGGGAUUCUCGGGAUCGGCCCUACUGGGAGACACUCAGCCGCCGUACGAGAGCCAAAAAACGGGUUGUCUUGGAGGCACAUGGGCGCCUCUUUUUUUUGUUGUCUGCCUUGUUUUUUUAAACAUGCUUUGUAAAGGCAUUUUUACCCGAAUUCUUUUUCCUAAGCGACUGGGGUGUAUUUCGUCCUCGUGCGAAUCAACGGUUCGGUUUCCUAGGCACAAGGACCCAGCAGUUGCAAACUUCUGUCACACGCCCUUUCUUCCGCCCCACCCCCAUCACCAUGUGCUGCUGCCGGCAGACUGGUUGUUCACCUCUACCAGUGUAUCUGUAUGCGUGCGACUUUGUUGCGUGUGUGUGCGUGCCGUCUCUAUGUUUGUGUGUGUAAGAGAGAGAGAGAGGGGGGGAGAGAGAGAUAGAGAGAGUGAGAGAAAGAAAGAGAGCGGGAGAGAGAGUGAGAGAGGAAGGGGGGCAAGAGACAGGAAGGGAUUCUUAGACAAGGAAAUGUAUUAGGCAGAAGUGCUGAGCAACAUGAUGGGAUGACCUGGGAAAAAAAGCAUACCUGAAAAACUGAGAACCAUGGAAGACAAACAGGUCCUCCAUUUUGUGCCAUGUGACGACGCGUCAACCGGGAAGUCCAAAAAUGGCUACACUUUCCAAGAGAUGGAGCUGCGUACGGAGGAUGCGAUGUAUGAGGACGUUAAGGAGCAUGACUUCCAGGCCAAUGUUUCAGAUCACGAUACACCAGAAUAUGGGCUACUGAACACAACUCGCAAAUAUGUGAGCUCCAUGAACUUCCAAGAGGAGGUGCGUGCCCACAGGGACCUCGACGACUUCCUGGCCCAGUCCAGCAUCUUGCUGGAGGAGGAUGCCGCCACGCUGGAAGAGGUCCUCAAACACAUGCUCACACUCAUGGUGGACGAGGGCGGGGAAGCCUUCGACGUGGAUGCCGUCAUGGAAUCCUUGUUCACCGACGCCAGCGGGUUGGAUGCAAACGUGCAUCUUCUGUCUGAGACCAUCCAGGGAGUCACCACGACCCCAACAGGAAUCCACUACCAGCAGUCCUGGCUCUGUAUUCUCACCAACGUCAGGAGCCUCCAGAAGCGCCACGUCUGCAUCACACGCCUGGACCGACCCCAGAACUGGGGGGUGAACUGCUGCGAGGCCCGCUAUGUGGUUCUCAUCCUGGCUCCCUCCAGAACGAAAAGCACCAAGACGGCCAUCGAGCUGGGGAGGACGUUCGCCACCCUGCUGUCGGACAUCUCUUUCCGCCAGAAGCUCCUGGAAACCCGCACCGAAGAGGAGUUCAAGAAGGAGCUGGUGCUCCAGCGACGGCUCCUCUCCAGCGGCAGCGACAAGCCCCUCGAGGAGGUUGUCGACGACACAGACCCCCGUAAAGGGAAGCCCCUGGAGUGCACAGAUUUCCUGAAACCAUUCAAGGGUGUGUACGACGACCUCCGCAGAAGACUCCCGCUCUACCCCUCAGAUUUCACAGACGGUAUCGUGGGGCCUGACCGCUCAUUACUGAAGUACACCACCACGGCCAUCUUUCUCUACAUCACCAUUCUGCUGCCGGCCAUCGCCUUCGGCUCACUCAAUGACGAGAGCACCAGAGGGGAAAUAAACGUGCAGAAGACCAUCGUUGGCCAGAGCAUCGGUGGGGUGAUCUACGCUCUGUUCGCGGGCUCCCCCCUGGUCAUCCCCCUGACCACCGCGCCACUCGCCAUCUUCAUCAGCGUGAUUAGGGGGAUCUGUGACGACUAUUCCAUUGACUUUGAGGCGUUCUACGCCUGCAUCGGCUUAUGGAACAGCCUGUUCCUCAUCCUGGGAGGCCUGUUCAACGUGAGCCUGCUAAUGAAGCUCUUCAAACGCUCCACAGAGGAAGUCAUCGCCUUGUUCAUCUCCAUCGCCUUUGUGGGCGAUGCGGUGAAAGGAACCGUGAAAAUCUUCAACCUCUUCUACCACGGCCCCACCCUGACCACCACCAACGCCACCCUGACCCUGGAGCAGAUCAGCCAGCUCCUUGAGAACGCCUCCCAGAACGGCAGCGACAGCGGGGCGCGGGGGGAACUCACGGUGUUCCUGCCUGUGUCCCUGGUGCAUUGUACCAGGGAGAGGCCCGUCCUGUGUCUGCUCCUCAUGCUGGCCACCCUGUGGCUGGGCUACGCCCUCUACCUCGUCAAGAGGAGUCCGUACCUGAACGGUCGGAUCCGGGAGGUGGUGUCUGACUGUGCCCUCCCCAUCUCCGUGGUGAUCGUGUCUUUCAUCGGCUCCUACCUCUUCCUGGACAUCGAGCUUCCCGUGUUCCACCACGUGGUCGGCCAGCCCAUCUUCAACUUUGCGCCGUUCGACAAGCUGACGGGGAUGAACACGCUCAGCGCCGUGGGCCUCGGGUUCCUCCUCGCCCUGCUCAUCUUCAUCGACCAGAACAUCGUCAUCUCCCUCACGCACGUGCCGGAGCACAAGCUGCUGAAGGGGACGGCGUUCCACUGGGACCUGGUGCUCACGGGCCUCAUCAACAUCCUCAUGUCGUGCCUGGGUCUGCCAUGGAUGCACGCUGCCUUCCCUCACUCCUCGCUCCACGCACGCCAGCUGGCCAAGACGGAGCAGCACGUGGAGAACGGACACGUGUACACCACCAUCGUCAGCGUGAAGGAGACCCGCCUGACGUCCCUGGCCGCCAACAUCCUGAUCGGCGUGUCCGUGUACAUGCUGCCCAUCCCGCUCCAGUGGAUCCCCAAGCCCGUCCUCUACGGCCUCUUCCUCUACAUCGCCGCCACCUCGCUGGACGGCAACCAGAUGGUGGACCGCAUGCAGCUGCUGUUCAAGGAGCAGACAUCCUACCCCCCCACCCACUACAUCCGCCGGGUGCCCCAGAGGAAGGUGCACUACUUCACGGCGCUGCAGAUGGUCCAGCUGGUGGUGCUCUGUGCCUUCGGCAUGUACCCCCUCCCCUACAUGAAGAUGGUGUUCCCGCUGCUCAUGAUCCUGCUCGUUCCCAUCAGGACUCAUCUGCUUCCACGAUUGAUCGACGCCAAGUAUCUGGACAUCAUGGAUUCUCAGCACAUGUAGAAGAGACCUGUGUGUGUGAGUGUGUGUGUGUGUGUGACCAGGUCUAAAGGCUGGUUGAUUGUAUUGAGCAGUGAUGUACAACAUGCUUGCAAGGUUUCAUAUAUCGGAGGCUGAUUACGUUGACUUAGGCUAGCUGGUGUUAGCCUGUCAACAUGGAUGAACAAUUUCAGUGCCUUAAUGCAUUCAUAAAAUGUCCAACAGUACAAUCAAUAUUGUUUUAUAGUUCACAUAUUCCUGCUGGAAGACCUUGUUGUGUCCAAUUCAUUUUGUUAAAUUGAUGGCAUUUAUUUUUAGACUUUGUUGGUAAGGGCAACAUUUUUAUAUCGAAAUAACUGAAAUGUUCAGUUAUGGAAUUAUCUUUUUUGCAAAACAUGAUGCCUAUUUUGUGGUUUCUUAAUGGAUUCAAUGUUAAGAAAAUGUAGUGUUAUGUUAAGUUAAGUUCAAGUUCAAAAUACCAAUUUACUAUGCUGGAACACAUAAGAAAUGCAAACUGCUGUAAAACAUCUUUACACUGAUCAAGUGUAGGGGACUACAACGCCACCAAUAUGCAACAAAGUGGUCAUAUUUGUCCUGCUUGUCCUUAUAUCAUCUUUUUACAAUGAGUUAUUAGAGUUGUAACAUGUUCAUGAAAUUAAUAUCACAGAGUUGUGGCUGUGUUCGAACAUCAAACCAUUAAAGCUCCCUCAGUGAACUGAA